AUUUCUCUCCCGUGCUCAUUGUCGGUGCCGCAUCGACCAGACCGGUUCUCCCAUCCCUUCGACCUCGCAUCAUCUCUCUUCUUCCAAAGAGAAGAGAACGAAACGCUCCUUUUUUUACCCACAGGCAUUGUCUUCGGCAUGCACACCGUUCUAUCGCGUCCUCAGCCAUUGGGAACAGGGACCAGUUCGUCUCACCGCAUACCUCGCAAAAGCGCAUCUUUCCUGUCUCUCAGACGCGAAAAGGAAAAGCCUAGCCUUCCUUCUGACCCGUACAACUCCAAUAUCGACUCCUCACAUUCACGGCCUUCGUAUUUUGAGGCGUAUCCAAGACCAAAGACGGCUCAACCACGCUCGUCCAAGUCGAAAGCCCGUGAAGCCUACUCCACCCCACAGUCACCCAUCCCUCCGGAGGAUAGCACCUUCUCUGAUCAGACUAUUCGGGAGAAGAAAGGCACCAGGCCACCGGCCUUGGUCGAGCAGUCUUCGUAUUUCUUUCCCAGCACCGAAAUUUCAGAUUACCCGUUAUACCCUUCUCAAGAUACCCAAUCCUCUUCAAAACCGCAUUCAAGAAUUCGUUCCAGGACCGGGCCAUCUCGCCAGGCCUCCAAUUGGGCCGAUCCAACUCCUGUUCACCGCUUUUCCGGUUCUUCUACGCAACAUACGGACACACCACCCGACACACCUUUAGACAACGUUUCAUUCAGAGAAUUCUCAGUCAUGGUUGCCGCUCCCAUCUCGACGGUGGAGGCGAUGGAUGCAUUGGUGGACAACAUGAAUGGAGGGGAGGACAUCAUUAGCGCCAGUCUUUCCAGUCGUGCUAGGUUCGGGAUACCGGGCCAUCAUCCACUCUAUCAGCCCCCACUCCCUACUCCACCGCCGGGUAUCGUCCUCGGUGGAGGCAAGGUUCGAAGAUCCAAGAAGUCUUCCAAGGCCUCUGCCCAUAGAUCCAGUUAUUCGGGCGAUGAAGAAGAUGAGACGCUGGUACCGCAUGCUCUUUUGCACAAGCGACGUCCGAAGCGAUUAGGACCUAGUCGUAGCAGUUCUAACGCGACUAUAACCUCAUCCACUCCUGCGACACCCUCACCUCUUCUUGAAGAUGAAGCUCGAACUCCAUCCCCGGUACCACCUGCCAGGCAUAGACCUGUCUCUCCUGACUCGGUCGGUGGAGCGUCUUUAUGUCAGGAGCGUCCUAAAAGUAUAGCGCCCUCCAUAUCCGAGAUCAUUCGCGCGUAUGCGCCUCCCGAAGCACAGGGGCGGUCUCGGACGUCCCUGACGCGCACGUCUUCAUAUGUGCACAGUCAUGGUCAUGCCACACUGGUGGAAGAAUCUGAGCCAGACUCCGAACCACUGACCCUUGAAGAAGAGGCAGACCUUUUAUCCCGAUCUUCCAUCGAUAGUGUUGCUGACGAAGUGCAGAGAACUCUCCGGAACCAGAACGCCAUGAAACCAGCACCUACGCCUCCACCGCCGCCGCCCUCUUCCUUCGCAAAACGACUGUCAACGAUAUCUGCAGACAACGCCAGCAUCUGUUCCCCCCGAUCGGAUGGGGGAACGGCAUCAAUCUAUUCCAUGUCUGUCACUUCGAGCCAUCCUCCGCCUUCCUUUGAAACUACUAAUCUACUGGCAUCUCUAUCUAAACCAUCGCCGGCCCAAGCAGUUGCCCAGUAUUUGCGUUCAGGGCGACUUACUACGCUACUAAAAUUAACGCGAUCGCCUCAUGCAUCUUCAGACAAUCCUUUGACCGUCAGUCUUUCUGAUCUUGGAAGUCCCACCGGGAUCCCAGUCGUUGUGUUUCUGGGUUUGGGAUGUGUACGGCAUAUCAUGGGCUUGUAUGACGAGAUGGCAGAAUGUAUGGGAUUGAGACUUGUCACGAUCGACCGAUGGGGUCUUGGUCGGACAGAGCCACGAGCAAAAUCUGCGAAGGGCAUUAUGCAAUGGGCUUCUGUGGUGGAGGAAGUUCUCGAUCUGCUUCACAUAGAUCAAUGUAGUGUUAUGGCCCACUCAGCUGGUGCACCUUACGCUUUGUCAUUUGCCAAUAAGCUGUCACAACGUAUACGCGGGGACAUUUGCUUACUUGCACCAUGGGUAGGAGGCAGCGAAAGUGGGGGCUACAAAUGGCUCAAAUACGUUCCCAAUGGGAUAUUGAAAACCGCGCAAGCAGCAGAUUGGAAACUGCAGGCGUGGAUGAUUGGUAAACCUCCAACUAUAGCAUAUGAAGGCAUCGGCUAUGAUUUUCGAUCACCUUCGUCAAAGGGCAUAUCGAUGAGCGGUUCUCCGCCAGUUGCACACGGUAACAUGAGUUCUGUUUAUCCCUCAUCCAUCGGUAAUCGCCCAAGGCCGAGCAUGACAUCGAGCACAUUUAGCGAGUAUGACGAUCUCGGGGAUUUUGACGGUCGAUUUGAGAGUCGCAGCACCCUUGGCGUAGAUUUGCGACCAACUCGUCAAGAAGCCACCACGAAAAGAAAGAAUUCGAGGAGUUUCUUGCACCGCUUCAAAGCGCCAUCACACUCCCAGCCGCAGUCUCCCACAGAAGACGACAAGGCAUCGUCGGGGCGGCGACUUAAAGCAUUGCGUUCGAUGGGGUCACUGAAGUCCAAGUCGUCGAAAGUAUCGGAGAAUUUAGGCCCCCAGCUUCCUCCUGCUCUUAAGUUUGAAGUUGGACUAGGUUUUGACGAUCCUAAUUGGACCAAGGCUAUUGAAUCCUCCCAGACGUCGUUAGUCAGGGGAGAUCGAUCAUUAACGCCAUCGCCCGAUAAAUUCUCAACGACAGGUCAUAUUCCCUAUCCUCGUGCGAACGGGCGACGUUCUCUUUCCUUCAAUACCUCACGUGGGGCAACAUCUCUUCCUGCAUCACCUGUUGCGAGCGUGCAGGAAACAUUUUCUUCAAAUCAGUCAUUUUCCACAAGAAACGGGCCAAACCACGGCUACCAAGCUACGCUAGCCAACGCCCUGAUCGCCGCAUCUCACUCUGAAUCUGCAAAAGGGACACACAAUGAUCUGCUGCAGAUUCUGAAUCAUGAUAAUCAUCCAUGGGGAUUUUCUUACACUUCUUAUCCGCAUAAAGUCAAUGUAUGGUAUGGUGACAGGGAUGAGAAGAUCGCUGAACAUGCUGUGCGAUGGAUGGAAAGAAACAUGGGGGAAGAUAAAUGCACUGUCAAGGUUGUGAAGGGUGCAGACCAUGGACUGAUGUAUAAAAGCAGUGUGGUAGUCGAAGUUUUAGAGCAUGUGUUGAGUUAUUGGCAGCCUGGACACCUAUGAGAAUCCGUGUAUGUCGACGAAGGAGGCCUUUUCUUUUGUUCCCCGUCAUUAUUGUUGAAUUUAUCUCAUUUUUCCUGCAUUGCGUUCUUUCUCUAUUAGCUGCGGAUUUGAUCGGAUUCAUCCACUGUACUUCAUAUCAUCGACUUCUCAUCAUUCGCUUCUUCAAUGCCUAAUUAUACUUUAUUGUUAUCGCCUAUUAAUCUAAGAACAUUCUCGUGCCAGUGUGUUUGUUGUAGAAGUACAUUCACAGCGGAUUAUGUGUCCAAAGCCAACAGAAUGUUCGCAUAAAUAAAACUGAU